AUGUCGAAUCUUGUCGAAGAUGCGGAAGUCGUCUCAGGGGAGCAUCAGGCUUAUAGGACUGUGCAGUUGCUUCAAGGCGGCUCUAUGGUCUUGAUUCCAACUCCAAGCCCGGACCCCAAAGUACCUCUUCAUCUUCAUCGUGACGCCUACUCGGCCAUCGCCGUGCUCGUCACCUCCGGCUUGGCCGCCGUCUUCCCAUCCGUUCUCGAAGAGUAUCCGCCGGAAGACGCAACGCGAGCCACAGACCUCAUGGUUUACCCGACGCUGUUCAUGGGCAUCGGAAACCUGUUCUCGAUGCCGCUCUGCGUCGCCCUGGGAAGACGUCCCUCGUUGAGUAGUCACAUCACCGGUCGCAACAUCUACAGCCUCGCUGCCGGUCAGAGUGAGGCCCUGGCUCCGCUCAUCGUCGAGGAGAUUCACUUCCUCCAUGAGAGAAGCGCAAAGCUGUCGUGGUUCGUCGGGUUCCAGACCGUGGUAACGGCUGCCAUGUUGUAUCUCAUCGCGACGUUCAUCAACGCCGCAGUUCUCGUCUUGGCCUUCUUUUUCGUCGUCGAGACCAAAUUUGACCGGCCGAGGGGUACGGACAGUGAGUUUGUUACCUUCAUUUUUCCAACUCGGCGCAGCAUCGAGGUACAAGAGCUGAUUAUCUUGGUUUUCAGAGAGUGUCUUUCACCUGAUACAGAUGGCGUUGACCGGGAAACCCAUAUUCUGCAACCCGAAGUUUUUGGGUCACGAACAUGGCGCCACGACGUUAAGAUAUUCCACUUCAAGCCGGAUUGGAUCCAGACAGUCACCUUCUACAAGGAGACUGCCCAGUCGCUCUGCCUGCUAAGCAUCGUGUGGAUGCUCUGGUUGAAUGGGGCAUUCCUGGGUAUCUAUGUCUACCAGUCUUCCACGUUUGCCGUUAUUUCGAUGGCUCCUCCGUGCCUCUUCCAAUACAGGUCGCUCGGUUAUGUCCAGCUGGUGCAGUUUUUGGACUGCGCUCUUUUCGUGCCGCUGCUCGGGUAUGGCUCCGAUAUGCUGGUGCGGGCACUUAGCAAAUGGAGAAACGGCACAUUUCAGCCCGAGUACCGGCUCAUCCUUCUAAGCUUGCCGGUCCUAUCGGCCAUCACAUCGUGCGUCUUUUUCGGACAGGCGGGUACGUCCCCUGACCGGUGGCAUUGGAUGACCAUCGUAGCCCCGUGUAACUUUGGAUACUUUUCGUUCAUAGGGGCCAAUCUCAUUGGCAUCACGUACAUCGUCGACAGCUUCCCGAGGAAGGCCGGGCCGCUCCUCCUGGUGCUCUGCGCCGGCCGCGGCUUCAUCUCGUCCGGACUCAGCUACUCGACUUUCCCGCUAAUUAACUUGAUUGGGUAUAAUGGCGCAAUGAACGUAUUUGCAAUCGUUUCCGGGGUUCUUGGGGUCAAAGCCUUCCCAGUGUACUACUUUGGCGCUCGUAUCAGGAUCUGGGCCACGAAUAAGGUGUGA